GGAGGGUCGCACUGAGACGAGCCCCCAGAUUCGCCCUGUCAGAAAGAGAGAGAGAGAGAGAGAGAGAGAUUGCGUUCUUGGAUGAGAAGAAAAAUAGGGGAUCACAUCACGCACACUUCCAUCCUCCGUCCUCUGUUCUCUCUCGCUCCCUCCUUUUCUCUCCUCAGCACUGAGCGCUUUAACAGAGUAGUGAAUUUUUCUCCUCCCCUUUCUCUCUCUCCCUCUCUCUCUCCCACUCUCUCCUUCUCUCCUCCCCUCUCUCGUCCUUCUCUUUCCUCUCAUCCCUUUCUUUCCCCUCCUCUCUCUUCCUCCUCUCAUCCCUCCGUCCUUUCUUCUCCCUCUUGUGCCGGCAGUGGCAGCUCAGCCACCUGCACUCAUCUUCUCUCUCUCUCUCUCCUUUCCUCUCUCUUUUCUUCCUCUUCCCUCCAUCCUCUUCUCUUUUUCUUUCCACCACUCCUCUUUUCCUCUAUCUUUCUCUCUCUCUCCUUUUCUCUCUGAACUGGAUCCUGUCUUUUUAUUUUUCUCUUCUUCUUUUUUUGUCCUUCAUUCCUCUUUUCCACCUUAUUGGGAAUAUCUCUGAAGACGGGCGGUUCAUCCAGGAGGCGUUUUCUCUUCCAGAAAGGACUCUCAUCCCUCCGUCCAUCCAUCCUUCCCCCCCUUCUUAUUAGAACACAGAGGAUUUGUGGGAUUUUACAGUGAAGCUUCAUGGGAAAACGACUGGAACAGCAGCAAAUGUACCAGUACACCUACUACUACCCUCACUACCUCCAAACCAAGCAGCCAUAUGCUCCACCCUCACAUCCAAUGGCCCCGCCUAGUCCAGGCAGCACUAGCUGCAACCAGAGUGGAGUGGAACAGCUCAGCAAAACAAACCUGUACAUCCGGGGCCUUUCACCGGCUACUACUGACCAGGACCUCAUUAAACUUUGUCAACCAUAUGGGAAGAUUGUGUCCACCAAGGCCAUCCUGGACAAGAACACUAACCAGUGUAAAGGUUAUGGUUUUGUUGAUUUUGACAGUCCUGCUGCUGCUCAGAAAGCCGUGUCAUCCCUCAAAGCCACUGGAGUCCAAGCACAGAUGGCCAAGCAGCAGGAGCAGGACCCCACUAACCUCUAUAUCUCCAAUCUGCCGGUCACUAUGGAUGAGCAGGACCUGGAGAGCAUGCUGAAGCCAUUUGGUCAUGUGAUUUCCACACGGAUACUAAGGGAUGCUAGCGGGGUCAGUCGAGGAGUGGGAUUCGCCAGGAUGGAAUCUACAGAAAAAUGUGAAGUUGUGAUUCAGCAUUUCAACGGCAAAUAUCUAAAAACGCCACCAGCCAUUCCAGCUCCUCCUGAGCCGUUGUUGUGUAAGUUUGCUGAUGGAGGACAGAAGAAGAAACCGAGUCAGAGCAAAUACACUCAGAACAGAGCAUGGAGCAGAGAGGGAGAGAAUGGAGUGACAUUAACGUACGAUCCUGCAGCUUUACAGAACGGGUUUUAUUCUUCUCCGUACAGUUUUGCUUCUAACAGAAUGAUCACCCAAACCUCCAUCACGCCUUUCAUCACUGCCUCACCCGUCUCCACAUAUCAGGUUCAGAGUACGUCAUGGAUGCCUCAUCAGCAGUAUGUUAUGCAACCGACUGGAACCGUGAUCACUCCAUCUUUGGAACACACGACGGUCUCCAUGCAGCCUGCACACCUGAUAUCUCCUCUAACACAGCAGAUGAACCACCUAACACUGGGCUCCACAGCCAGUUAUAUGACAGCUGCAGCUGCCUCUGUGGCUCCUAUGCAAGGAACAUACAUCCCCCCGUUCACUCCUGUACCUCCGUCUGCUCUGUCUGUAGAGGGUGUGGUGACGGAUGCAUCGUCUCAGACAGUCGCCCCAUCACAGGAUAUCAACACACCUCAGCAACAGAUCACCGUGGAGACCAGUGACCACAUCCCAUCAUACUCCUACCAGUCUAAGUACACGCUAAACUGUAUUUUACUCAGAUACUCAGCAGUACUAUAGUUGUCUUUUGCUAUGAUUCUACCAAUAAAAGUAUAUGACAGAGACAUUGUUCUAUUUAAAUGUCCGAAUUCUACCAACUGAAGUAUGUAUGAGCCUCUUUUAGCACCUUUAUUUCAACUUCAACUCGCUAAUCAUUUUAUAAAAUCCAAUUCUUUUUCUCAUAUAUUAUGGAAAUAGAGACACUUCAUGUAUCACCGUCAAAACAUUCAGUACAAGUCUUAUAUGAUCUCUGCCUUUAUGACAGGCUGGUUUAAUUAUUCAUCAGUUUAAAUUUAAUCAGUCAGGUCACUGAUGCCUGACCCGUCCUGUCAAACACACGGCCCCGUGUGCCAAAAUUAAGCCAACAGAACAGAAU